AUGGUUACCAGAGCUCUUGGGCUGAGAUAUCUCUGGGUCGACGCCCUCUGUAUCAUACAGGGUGCUGGAAGUGACUGGGCCAUCCAGUGCGUCAUCAUGGACAAGAUUUAUCGUAAUGCACACGUAACUGUCUGCGCGUUAGGGUCGGCCAGCUGUGUGCAAGGAUUUCUGCAGAAGCGAGCAAAGAUGACUCUACCUUUUCACCCCAGCAUCACAGGCUCGUUUGCAGUUGACCAGCCAGUCAUCCGCGAGACCGGACACUGUCUGAACCCUUGGUCAAUGGACUAUGAUGUCGCAGAGAGUAAUUGGGGCGACAUAGGAUGGACCUUCUAG